GGGGGCUGUGCUUUUCGGUCAGGCCUGCCCCCACCCCCUCCCCGCUGCACACAAAAGCAGCAUACAUUCGCUGUCUCCGGGCAGCCGAGCCUCUGCCAGCCGCGAGCUGGGAAGCAGCAGACAGACACCUCGGAGGCAGGCAGGGCGCGCAGGCGGGCGGCGAUGACAGGGGGCGCAGCCGCAGCCCGGCGCGGGGGAGCCCACCGCUAAACCCGCACCCCACACCCCUGCACACACAAAAGAGCUUCUGCGGGGCGCUGGCCACGUCGCCCUGGGUGACCUUCCUCGGAUGCAGAAUCCGCCCCUGCCAGCAGCCUCUCCCUCCGACGCUCUGAAGGCCUGGGGGCCCUGGGGGAUGCCCGGCCGCAGCCCGGCAGGACUCGCCUUUGUUUGCCAGUGAGGAGGAGAGGCUGUCUCAGCGGCAGAGGGCUCAGACCUGCUUCAAGCCGGCACCUCUUCCCAGCUCCCAUGGGGACCACCGAAGCCACACUCCGGAUGGAAAACGUGGACGUGAAGGAGGAAUGGCAGGACGAAGAUCUUCCCAGGCCGCUUCCAGAAGAGACCGGGGUGGAACUGCUUGGCAGUCCCGUGGAAGACACAUCCUCACCUCCCAGCACGCUGAACUUCAGCGGAACGCAUCGUAAGAGGAAGACGCUGGUGGCGCCAGAGAUCAACAUUUCCCUGGAUCAGAGCGAGGGGUCCCUGCUGUCCGAUGACUUCUUGGAUACCCCGGAUGACCUGGAUAUUAACGUGGAUGACAUCGAGACCCCCGAUGAGACCGACUCCCUGGAGUUCCUGGGGAAUGGCAAUGAACUGGAGUGGGAAGAUGACACCCCCGUGGCCACCGCCAAGAACAUGCCCGGGGACAGCGCGGAUCUAUUUGGGGACGGAGCAACGGAGGACGGCAGUGCUGCCAACGGGCGUCUGUGGCGGACGGUGAUUAUUGGGGAGCAGGAGCACCGCAUAGACCUGCACAUGAUCCGGCCUUACAUGAAGGUGGUCACCCACGGAGGGUACUACGGCGAAGGCCUCAACGCCAUCAUCGUCUUCGCGGCCUGUUUCCUCCCGGACAGCAGCCUCCCCGACUACCACUACAUCAUGGAGAACCUCUUCCUGUAUGUCAUCAGCAGCUUGGAGCUCCUGGUGGCCGAGGACUACAUGAUCGUGUACCUGAACGGCGCCACGCCCCGGCGGAGGAUGCCUGGCAUCGGCUGGCUGAAGAAGUGCUACCAGAUGAUCGAUCGGAGAUUGCGGAAAAACCUGAAGUCCUUGAUCAUCGUCCACCCCUCGUGGUUCAUUCGGACCGUGCUGGCCAUCUCCCGCCCUUUCAUCAGCGUCAAGUUCAUCAACAAGAUCCAGUACGUGCACAGCUUGGAAGACCUGGAACAACUCAUCCCCAUGGAACACGUCCAGAUCCCAGACUGCGUCUUGCAAUACGAAGAGGAAAGACUGAAGGCCAGGAGGGAGAGCGCAAGGCCCCAGCCGGAGUUCCUGCUGCCCAGGUGUGAAGAGAAGCCAGAGGAGGCCCCAAUGGAAAACAGGUCUGCUCCAGUCACAGAAGAAGAUCAGGAAGCAAGCAUGUCCUGAGGUGACGUGAGCAUAAUGAAGGACAUGGAAGAAGAUUCCAGAUGCCAGGAAACCUCUGUCGGACGCCCACUGGCCCCAGAUCUCACCCUGCCUCCUCCUGAUCCCAGUCUUCCAAGGCUGCCAGCCCCUCCAUUCAUCUCUGAAACCCAGCAUCCUUUUUCGCUGCUUGAAAACAUUGUAUUUUUUUUUUUUAAUGAUGCAGUAUUUGUGCAUUCCAGAAAAGGGCCCAUCUUUGACUGCCACUCCUUUCCACACGCAGGAGUGGCUGUGAGGCCCCGGUGGCCUCCGCUCCUGCUCCCAGCCCCUGUGGUCAGAGCUG